UUUCGAUUUCAAGUCAAUGGAAUACGUAGCGGAAUUCUUCUCCCUCCUGCUCAAGGCCAUUCGAUAAACGACUGGCAAUUGACGUAACCGCUGUCGGAUCACAACUCCCGUCGGCACAAAAUUUACAACCGCCAAAAAACAAGUCAGCAUGACUCAAACCCAAACCCCCAUCAAUGGUACCGCCAAUGGCACCGCCAAGCCCUUCGAGAAAGAUUCUCGCUUGAGCACUGAAUCCGCCUACGAUCUCACCAUCAACCACCUCCAAGACCUCGUAGCAUUCAAAGACACCCCGGCGGGAUUGUGCCUCGUUUCCAAAGUCGCCCUCCCCGCAGGAGCUCACUUUGCCUAUUUGACCAGCCACCAACCUCAACCCCGUGCCUCGUGGAAAACCAUCCAGACUUCCAAAACCACCCACACCGACCCGCAGAGCGCUCUCCUGUACAUGAAUCACUCGUGUGCUCCCUCCUUGGAAGUCCACACCUACAGUCCCGACGCCAAUGGGAAGUAUCCGCAAACGCCCCAGCACGGUGGCGAUUUGAAUGGCGACGCGGCAGGACUCACGAGUGUGGGUCUGGCGGGCGAGGUGAGAGUCUCGAGGGAUCGUGCGGUCCAAGUGGGCGAUAGUUUGACCUUUUUCUAUCCUUCUACCGAGUGGAAAUUCGAUCGUGCGUUUGACUGUCUGUGUGGAGCGGGAGAGGGAGUCUGUGUGGGCAAAGUGGAAGGUGCGUCGGCGAUUGCGAAGGAGGAUUUGGGCAGGUGGUUUUUCAAUGAUCAUAUUCUCGAGUUGGCGAGGGAGCGGGAUGGGAAGUGAGUGGAUGGACGAAUGAAUGAAUGAAUGAAGAGUGGUGGGAGGCUACAAUUCAACAUCAGUCUUCUGGAGAUUUUCUUGAUGCUCGACGACAUGUCUGUUCAACAGCUACCAAGCACGAGCGAGUUUUCUAUAUACGUUUUUGAAGAAAGAAAAAAUAUGAAUGUCCCG